GUCAUUCAUUAUAUUUUGGUAGAGAAGGAUCAGCGUCAACACCAUGGUAAUUUUCAAGGUGUUGUUGGUAGCAUCGUUGUGCAUUUACCAAGGCAAUGCGAAGUGUCCCGAUAGAAACCUGAUCCAGUGCGAGACGAACGACAACUGUGUGGAGAUAAGCCUCAUCUGCGACGGAGUGACCAACUGUGAUGACAACUCCGACGAAGAACGAAGCUUGUGCGACGUAUGGGCGACGAAAAAAUGCUAUACCGGUACUUUCACUUGCAACAAAGGGGGAAAAUGGAGCUGCUUGUCCCCCAAGGAAUACUGCGAGGAGUCCAACCCUCCUUGCGACGAUAAAGCCGAGCGCUUGUGCCAGAUGUUGUUAGACGGAAGACUUGAACCUCAUGACGAAAUCGUGUUGCGGACAAGCGUGGAUUACGCUGAAAUUUCGGGCAAAGAGUUCCUCGAAAAGGUCAACGUUACCAUUGAACAUCCUGAUUGCCCUCACCUGUACACACGCGUUGGCGAUCACUGCUUGUCCAUCUUUUUCUUUGGACUGGUCAACUGGGGAGAAGCUCGGGCCUUCUGCAAGAUGAAUGGCGGUGACCUUCUGACCUUUCAAGAUGGCUUCCAGAACUUUUACGAAAUCGUCCGUCACCUUCGCAAGCAUGACAUCACCUCGGACUUGUGGAUUGGGGGAGCCGUGCGGAACAAGACAUGGACGUGGGUGGACGGCAACCCCAUCGAACUGGGCACCCCCUACUGGUCCCUCAGAAUGAACCCUGACUGUAAUCAUCUCAACCAGUCCGUCAGUUGCAACGAACAUUGCCAUCGCUACCUGCAACGACCCAGGAAACCCACCGUAGGUAUGUGCACCGCCCUUAACUUCGAGAACUUCUUCUACAUGAGCGACGAGGACUGCCUGGCGAAGAGGAGCCCUCUCUGCGUCGCGGGAAAGGAACCCAGUGAGAGGGCGUGAGGCGAUCUGAGGGGAC